AUGCAGCUCGGAUUUCUUCCGCGGAUUGUGAUCCUGAUCGGACUCUUUGGUGCAUCAUUGGGGGGACUCUAUCUGCUGGCCCAGGUGCUGCCACCACUGUCUCUACCGAAGUCCAUCGAUGAUGUCAAGGUCGAUGCAGCGAUCUUGCAGGAGUUUGCGACUGCGACAUAUGAGGGCUGGAUAAGGACGUUUUGGGUUUUCAGCGUUGUGUACAUGUGGAAGCAGUGUUUUGGAAUUCCAGGCAGCGCCUUCCUGAAUAUCCUUGCGGGUGCACUGUAUGGACCCUGGUUCGGAACGGUUUUGACCUCGCUGCUGACGACUCUUGGAUCGGUGCUGGCCUACUUCAUGUCGUUUUUCUUGAUGGAGCCGAUCUUGAACCGCUACGCAUCCAGCCGCUUGGACCAGAUGCGCCUCCAGGAUCAAGACGAAUCCGAAGAAGGAACUAGCUUGUUUAUGCAACUUUUGUUGAUCCGCCUGUUCCCAUUGACGCCUUACUGGUUUAUCAAUUUGGCGAGUCCGUUGGUUGGAGUGCCUGUGGUGCCGUUUAUGACUUCGAUGUUUCUCGGAUGUAUGCCCUACAACUAUAUCUGCGCCCAGGCUGGGGCCAUUCUUAGUGAGAUCCAUGAGAUGCGCGACAUUUAUCAGCAGCCCUGGAUUCUUUUCCAAGUCGUCCUGGUUUUGGUACUUUCUGGAGCUGCGGUCAUUGUGAGCAAGCGUACCAAGAAGAAGCAGGUGGAGAGGGAUCAGCGGAAGAGCAGGAAGAGCGAGGAGGAGGCUGUAGAUGACGAGUCAACCCAGCAUCUGCUCAGAUCCACCUUUGAGAUCAUGGAACGCCACCAAAGUCAACAGGCUGUGGAUGAAGAGCGACAGCGGGAGAAUAUCGCCAUGUCGUCGCUGGAUUCUCAGCAUGCAUCAUCCCACUAUGGCAACAAGCACGACUCGGCCAUCGUCGACAUGUCGAACUAUCGUUACUAG